GUUGUUUUUCUGGUUGUGUAGUGAGGCGUUUAACUAAUCCAGCAAAUCAAAAGUUAAAUUUAUUGAUUGUUACUCUCCAUACCAAAGGGUAGACAGGUCUAAUUAGCGUCUAUGAUGGAGGAUUCUAAAUAUCAUUCAAUGGCACAACUAUGCAUGGAGAAAUAUCAAAGUCUUGGUAAAACUGGUAAGCCUUUGGACACUCAAUGGACAACACUGUGUGGUUUGCUCUAUGAACAGUCUGAUAGCUUUAAGCUUGCCUGCUUAACAACUGGAACCAAAUGUGUAACUGGAAAUCCAUCGAAAUUAUCAAACGUUCUCAUUGACUGUCAUGCCGAAGUCCUAUGUAAAAGAGCCUUUAAACAUCACUUGAUGGGAUUGAUUGAAAAACACUCUGAUUACUCUAAUCAUCUCGAUAAUUUAACUUGGCAUCUUUUUAUUUCACAACUUCCAUGUGGUACUAUUGAUCGAUAUCAAGGUCCUGUUAAAAAAGAUGCCAACCAUGGAAUCCACCGAAAGCCAGGAAGGGGCGAACCUUGCAAUGAAGCCUCAUGUAUUGACAAAAUCUUGAAAUGGAGCUAUCUCGGUAUACAAGGGAAACGAUUGAUUUCUUUAACUCGACGACCGAUAAGGUUGAAAUCAAUAAUUAUUGGUAAUUGUGUUGAAACUAAAGAGUUUGACUUGAAACGAAUCAACCAGGCCUUGACCAUAGAAAUGAGUGACGAACAGAAAUGUAAAAUUGAAUCAUUUUCAUCGCUCAAUAGGAAUUAUCAGCAACCAGAAGUUCAUUUUGUUGAAACCAUCCGAUGUUCACCAUUUAUCCGAUAUAAUAAUUUACAAUCAUGUCCUUCAGCAAUUGUCUGGUGGAGUGAAAAAGAAGAUAAAUGGGAAAUAGUGGUUGAAGGAUUGAAACAAGGUGUUAACAAGAAACUUGCUGAAUGCAAUCCACUCAAAAUAAGCCGGCAAGGUUUGGUUAGACGCUUUAAUCAGCUAAUUGAGAAAUCUUGUGAUCAAGAUAAUCAAGCUUCUGAAAUUUACGAAAAAACAUGGAGACACUUGAAGACAUUGCCUCGUUUCUAUGGAUGGAAAAAUACUAAACCAAUCGACUAAAUUGGCCAAUUCGUAUCGGCAUGGAUUAUAUUGAGCAAAAUUUCAUAUUCAUUAUACUAUUUACUCAUUUUAAUGUCAAGUUUUACAAAUUUUAAAUAAAAAGAUGAUAUUUAUGAUAAAA